GUGAAUUGCUGCCCCCCUCUGGUGAACACGAGUGUUUUAAGGAGAAAGAUGAGAGAAGGAGCCAAACAGAAAACUGCUGUUUCGUUACGUCUGUGUGUCUCAUGGGCCUGUUUCAACCCGCGCGGCGUCGUGGUCGCCGGCUGUGUGCGUCCUCUGUGUCGGCACAACACGGGCGCCCUGGUUAUCCUUGUGACUGUGAUGUAAUCUCGCAGUGGAAUGUGCCUGGAGUGCGACUGCAGGCCUGCCGAGCAGUAACCGAGUUUCAGGAAUCAUCCUGAUCGGGACCAGCGUCACAUUUGCACUUUUGACGACACAAGCCGAAAGCUCCCGGGAGAGACACUCCACACGUUCACAUCUCCUCACGGCGACCACGACAUCUGAACCAUGAUGGACGAGGAGAUCCGCGAGGACCGGGCCAAGCUGAAGCAGGGCCUGGUCAAAGUGCUCCAGUGUGUGGCCACCAUCUCCUCGGCAGCGGCCGUGGUUAACCCCAUUUUCGGCGUGGCCGGUUCCCUGAUCCGGGUGGUGCUGCACCACGUCGACGACGAGGACAUCCGCACCCUGAAGCGCGAGUUCGGCUCGGUCAACCUAGCGCUGGACCAGCUGUCCCUUCAGAAUCGCAACACGCUGGUGCAGAUCAAGAAAGAGACGCUGGACGGCCAGUACUGCAAGGUGGAGGAGAACCUGAAGAACCAGUUCAGGAAGUUCAUGGAGAUGGUGGAGGCACGGCCGGAUCUCCGCGAGCGCAAGAAGGACGACUUUGAGGAGAGCUACGCCACUGACUUGGGCGACCAGAACCUGCACACGCUCUACGACGGCGUGGUGGGCAAACCGAAGCUGUUCAGCAGGCCCAUCCUGGAGGUGUACCUGAAGCACUCGCAGGGCGACCGCCGCACCAUGGAGCGACUCUGCACUCGCCUCACCUACCUGUUCUGCAUCGGGCUCAUCGCCCUCAUGGGCUACGCCGCCGUCAUCGGGGACGACGAAGAGAGCCUGAGCGAGGAGUGGGCCGAGAAGAUGGAGAAUGUGCAGGAGAAGAUGCAGGAGGCCCUUUGCAGGUGCAAAUGAAGGAGACGCGUAAUGAAGAGCUUCGUUUUUUCUCCACGGCUGCUUUUCCUUCGGAUUCAGGACUCACUGGUCCACAUUCCUGCUGUAACUCCUUCCUCUAAGGUUCCAUCUCUCCCUAUAAGCACUUUGUCACCAUCUUGGUUCACCGGAUAAGAACCCACUGAUAAAAUUGAGUAACGGUGUUUCAUAUUAAAAGAAAAAUCACUUAAGUUGUCCAUCUUGCUGCAAAUGCAGCAGAUCGUCACGUAGCUUCUGUCCAGGCUGAGGUAAAGACAACAAUAUUAUAGGAUAAUAUAUUGU